AUGGCCCUUGACAGGCAUGCUCAGGCGAAGAGCGGGGCGGACCACGCCCGCCUCGGCUUCCUGGUGUUGGCGCUUCGCGGCCAGAAGGUCGGGUUCGAGAGGGUCAUCAAGAUGAUCGACGAGAUGGUCACGCUGCUCAAGAAGGAGCAGACAGAUGACGCGCAGAAGAAAGAGUACUGCGGCGCGCAGUUCGAUUCCACAGACGACAAGAAGAAGUCGCUGACGCGCGAGGUGUCGGACCUGGCGACCGCCAUCGCGAGCGCGGAGGAGAGCAUCAGCACCGCUGCGGAGGACAUCUCAGCGCUGGAGGCUGGCAUUGCGGCGCUGGACAAGAGCGUCGCAGAGGCGACGGCGUUGCGGAAGGGCGAGCACGAGGAGUACAAGGCGCUGAUGGCUGCAGACGGGGCCGCGAAGGAGUUGCUCUUGUUCGCCAAGAACAGGCUCAACCAGUUUUACAAUCAGUUGUGCUGUCGCGCGUAUCCGCCCCCGCGCUGGGAACUAAUGGUGGGGCCGACGCGCACCAGCCGCCACAGCGCGGUCGCGGACCCCAAGCUCUACAACCCGCCGGCAAAGGUCGAGCUGUCCGCCCAGGGCGCCAUCGAGCGCGACAUGACCAGCGCGGCGGCGCUGGUUCAGCUGUCCGAGCACUCGCACCGCACCGUCGCUGCCGCACCGCCGCCGGAGACCUGGAGCGCAUACGCGAAGAAGACGGAAGAGAGCGGCGGCGUCAUUGCCAUGCUCGAUUUGCUGGUCUCAGAUCUCGACCGCGAGAUGACCGAGGCCGAGACGGAGGAGAAGGACUCGCAGGCGGACUACGACAAGACAAUCGCGGACGCGAAGGACAAGCGGAUGACGGACUCCAAGGCGCUCACGUCGAAGGCCGCCGCGAAGGCCGACUUGGAGAGCGACUUGCAGGCGGCCAAGGACGACAAGGCCAGCACCGCCAAGGAGCUCAUGGUGACGGACAAGUACCUCUCCCAACUCCAUGCCGAGUGCGACUGGCUGAUCCAGUACUACGAUGCAAGAGAGCAGGCGCGCAGUGGGGAGAUCGACGCGCUUGGCAAGGCCAAGGCCGUGCUGAGCGGCGCCGACUACUCGCUGCUAU